GCAGAAGGGGGGGAGGGAGGACGGAGCGUGUGCUGAUCUGCCCCGGUGACGUCUCCCCAUGAUGGCUGCUGCAAUGGCGGAGCAGGAGGGCUCCAAAGGCAGCGCCCGGAACCGGGGAGGAGUGCAGCGUGUGGAGGGGAAGCUGCGGGCCAGUGUGGAGAAGGGAGAUUACUACGAGGCCCACCAGAUGUACCGAACACUCUUCUUCAGGUAUAUGCCACAGAACAAACACACGGAAGCCAGAGAAUUAAUGUAUUCUGGAGCUCUGCUGUUUUUCAGCCAUGGUCAACAAAACAGUGCUGCUGAUCUGUCCAUGCUUGUUCUGGAGUCGCUAGAAAAAUCUGAAGCUAAAGUGACAGAAGACUUAUUAGAAAACUUGGCCAAAUUGUUUAGUUUGAUGGAUCAAAACUCUCCAGAGCGAGUGGCAUUUGUAUCCCGGGCUCUCAAGUGGUCGUCUGGAGGGUCUGGAAAACUAGGUCACGCAAAGCUGCACCAAUUACUAGCUAUUACGUUAUGGAAAGAGCAAAACUAUUAUGAGUCCCGGUAUCACUUCCUGCACUCCUCAGAUGGAGAGGGGUGCGCCAAUAUGUUAGUAGAAUACUCAUCCACCCGUGGCUACCGUAGUGAGGUGGACAUGUUUGUGGCACAAGCCGUCCUGCAAUUCCUUUGUUUAAAAAACAAAACGGGCGCAUCGGUGGUUUUCACGACGUAUACGGAGAAGCAUCCUUCAAUAGAGAGGGGGCCUCCUUUUGUACAGCCCCUCUUAAACUUUAUUUGGUUUCUACUACUGGCUGUGGAGGGUGGGAAAUUAACAGUAUUUACAAUAUUGUGUGAACAGUAUCAGCCGUCUUUAAAAAGAGAUCCUAUGUAUAAUGAGUAUCUGGACAGGAUAGGACAGCUUUUCUUUGGUGUACCUCCUAAACAGUCAUCUUCAUAUGGGGGAUUAUUGGGUAACCUGUUGAACAGUCUAAUGGGGGCUGGUGAAGAGGAGGAUGACGUGGAGGACGGCCAGGAUGACAGCAGUCCUAUUGAAUUAGAUUGAGAGAGAAUGUGACUGGGAGCUGCAUGAAGAGAACAAUAUAAACUGGAGCUCAAAACGGACGACUUUCCAUGCCGAGUCUUUGAAGGGACAUUAGUGAGCAGCUGCACUGGGCUGCCCUCUGAUCCCAAUGACGGAGGAGUUUAAAUUGUCACGGGGGUAGCCGAUAAAGAAUAGUUAGAGUGAAUGUUGGCAAUCUUACCCAGCCUGCUCUCUAUAUUUUUUAUUCUUUCUAUGAAUGCCAAGCAAGCACAUGGUUUUCUUACAGCGUGACAGCCAAGCAGAUCAACCUAUCAUACUCCCUGCACUUGUAUGUCUCUUUUCAGCCUGUCACUCCCCUAUAUAGCUUAAUGGCAAAGCCAAACAUGUUACCAUGGCAACAAGAACUCUGUUAAUGUCUCAGAUCAACAUGAGGAUUUGGGGCUUUUUUUUUUCUUCCCGCUACGAAUCUCUUGAGUUUUUUUUUCCUUUUACCCCUUUGUAUGUGAUUGUCUUCUGGUUUGCUAAAGGCACAGCCAAUAUAAACACCUCUUUUGAAUUAUUUAAAUACAGUGGACUUUCUUUUAAUAUGCAAUAUUUAUUACAGAUAGGAUGAUUUUGUACAUUUCCUCCCGUCAGAUCCACUACAAUGAUCAAGAUGUCACAUUGCCACUGAAAUUAUUUUAUGUAAUAAAAAAAAAUUAAAAAUAAAAGGGGGAGUAGUGCUGGUACCAGUGGAAGAUACAAAACAGUGCUACAAAAUAAAUACAUUGUAUCUUAUGAA